AAUCUCUAGAGACUGUAUUUACAGUCUACAUACAGUGAUCCAGUAUAGUGCAUGCAGUUCCAUUUCAUUUUGCCUCGGUUAAGAAGCCGUGUAGUAAAAAAGGCCGAAAUUCUUCUUCUUUCAAUCUUUUCGUUUGACUAACAUUUCUUGUACUAUUCUCGUUAUUUUGGACAUUUUAGUGCCUGAAAUUCAUUUGUAUUAUGUCAUCAUAUCUUGCAAAAAAUGGCACAAAUGCCUUUUGGACCAGACCUCUGAACUUCAUCGCCGGUGAAAGGGUACGGCCCACCAACGUCAACCGCAGCCAAACGUUUCCCGUAGUGGAGCCUGCGACAGGCAAAAUACUAUGUGAAAGCCCUAGCUCAGGAAAGGAAGAUGUUGACAGAGCAGUUAAAGUUGCACAUGAAGCCUUCAAGACUUGGUCACAGGUUCCAGCCAUUGAGAGAUCCAGGAUCUUGCAAAGAGCAGCACGGAAACUCUCGGACAAUCUAGAAGAGUUUGCCAGACUUGAGACAACCAACAAUGGAAAACCUAUCUGGGAAGCCAGAUGUGACAUUGAGUCUGCCAUUAACGCAAUUGAUUUCUAUGCAGGACUUGCACCAUCUCUAACGGGACAGCACAUUCCAUGCCCAGAUGGGUCCUUUGCAUACACCCGUCGUGAACCCCUCGGAGUGUGCGUUGGUAUCGGUGCAUGGAACUACCCUAUACAGAUGGCAGGCUGGAAGUCGGCCCCCGCCCUGGCCUGUGGAAAUACCAUGGUCUUCAAGCCAUCCCAGUUCACCCCGGCCACUGCAUUACUGCUAGCAGAACUCUAUGCAGAAUGUGGAUUACCGAAAGGUGUAUUCAAUGUCGUUCAAGGCCAGGGGGAGACGGGUCAUCUGCUCACCAGCCAUCCUGAUGUCAAGAAGAUAUCUUUCACUGGUAGUGUGGCUACUGGAAAACUGAUCAUGAAAAGCUGUGCUGAUGACAUCAAAUCUCUGACCCUUGAACUUGGAGGGAAAUCCCCCCUGCUGAUAUUCGGUGAUGCAGAUCUCGACAAUGCAGCCAAGGGAGCAAUCAUGGCAAACUUUCUUACACAAGGAGAGGUUUGCAGUAAUGCAAGUAGAGUGUUUGUAGAGCGAAGCAUAACGGAUGAAUUCGUCAAGAGGUUUGUAGAGAGGACAAAGAAGAUGAAGAUUGGUGAUCCUCACCUGGAAGACACUACCUUUGGAGCCUUGAUCUCCAAGGAGCACCAGGACAAAGUCAUGAGAUACAUAGAAGGAGCAAAGAAAGAGGGAGCUAGAAUUCUCCUUGGGGGCGAGUGUGUGACACCCGAGGACCCCGCCCUGGCUGGUGGUUUCUACGUCUCACCAACCAUCAUGGAUAAUGUCACAGAUGACAUGGUCAUUGUAAGGGAAGAGGUCUUUGGUCCUGUGGCGUUAAUCAUGCCAUUUGACUCGGAAGAAGAAGCUAUAGAGAGAGCUAAUAAUACUCAGCUUGGACUUGCUUGUGGCAUGUUUACAAAAGACGUUCAAAGAGCACACAGAGUGGCAGCUAAACUGGAAGCAGGAAAUUGCUGGAUCAACAACUACAACAACCUUCCCCCAGGGGUGCCGUUCGGUGGAUACAAGCAGUCUGGCCUGGGCAGGGAGAAUGGGUCGGCUACCAUAGAGCAUUACACUCAACUCAAGACGGUGUACAUGGAGGCUGGUGAUGUGGACUGCCCUGUGUGAACGGACCAGUCAUGGUUAAACAAAUGCGUCAUAUCUGACCUGCUCCAGCAAAUCAGGCCCUUGUCAACGAAAUGCAAUCCAAAGAUUCCAUUCUAUUAGGAAAGCACUGGAGAAUAUAUUCUUACUUAUAUAUUCAUAUUUUUAUAUCCUUUGGCAAAUUUUUCUUCAGUGAUUUUUUUUUUUGUGAAAUUGAAACCCUGCAAUGAUUAGAACAUGUUCCUAAUUUGAGUAGUGUAGGUCAUGAACAGCUCAAUUUUUUUGUGUAAUGGUGCUUAGGUUAUAGACUGAAACAAUCUUGUGUGCUUUAAGGAGACCUUAUGGGAAUCCAAAAUGAUUAUAAAUACUGUAGAAAGAUCAAAUAAAGUAAAUUAUUUUUGUAAGUUGCUUACCAGCCAAGUAUUUUUUUCUAAGAACAUUCUGCCACCCACCUGUAUGUAUGUCUUGCAAAUGUGAGUGUUUCUAAAGCAUAUGAGCUGGUUCAGGGGUGGAUUCAGGAUUUUCCAAAGGGGGGAGGGGGGCACAUUUUCCCAAGGAAAAUUUGACUAGCAAAAAAAAAAGUAUUCACCCCAAAAUGAAGUUUAUCAUGUACACGAAAAAUUUGAAAAGCAAACCCCCCCCC